AUGGCACCAUCUUUAAUAAAUCUGUAUAAGUGGUCGGAUAUGCAGAUAACAUAGACAUUAUUGCUAGGUCCACAGAAUCUCUGAUCGUAGCAUUUCGAUCAUUAAGGGCGUCUCCACUGAGAAUGGGAUUAAAAAUAAACUCACAGAAAACCAAGUAUAUGUAUUGUACUAGAUCAGGCAACCAGAUACCUAGAUUAUUAAUUGAUGAUCUGGAACUGGAAAGUGUGGAUACCUUCGUCUAUCUGGGCUCACUGUUGACCAAAGACAACAUUGUCAGCGCAGAAAUUAAAAGAAGAAUAGUGCUUGCCAAUAAAACUACCAAAAAAAAAUUAAAAUUACCAUUUACAAAACACUAAUAA